UCAAUGCGCUACGAUGGAGGAAAGUUCCGAGAAGAUUCUUUUCACUCAUGUUUGUCCUAUGGAUCCGGAGAAAGGUUUCUCACCGACCUUUACCGCAACGACUCUGAAGCCCAGCAGCACUAGUUUUUGGAGAAUUGGAACCACAGCGUUCAUCGCGGGCACAACCCUCAUGCUGCUUGGAGCAGCGGGGGCUCUUUACCUCUGGAAAGUCAGCGAUAAAAAUGUGUACAAUCUUCACUACAGCGUGAGCAUUAAUGGGAAGAUUGAAGAGGGUUCCAUGGAGAUUGACUCUGAAAAUAACCUGGAGAGGUUCAGAAUUGGCAGUGGGGAUGAAGAGGCAGUAGAGAUUCAUGAUUUCCAAAUUGGAGUUACUGGAAUCCGUUUCUCUGGGGGAGAGAAGUGUUAUAUCAAGUCUCAAAUCAAAGCCAAUCUUCCAGACGUGGACACGGUGAACAAGGACUCUUUGAUCAUUGAACUGGAAGAUGAAGUCAUGCCUGCCAAGUUUGAAGACAAGUCUCUGAUUUGGGUUGCCUCAGAGGAACCACUGAAGGACAGCAGCUUCCUGACCAGCAGAAUCCUCAACCUCUGUGGCCAUCUGCCCAUCUUCUGGUUACGUCCGACCUACCUGGAUGAUGCCACUAAGAGAGACAGAGAAAAAAGGGAUAUUGACCGCACAAAGCGUCAGUAUGACAGAGAGGACUACCCGGCUUCUGCCGCCGGCUCACAUGACUUUGGCCAAAACAUCACCUCUGGCAGGGGUGAGGAGGAGGGCAGGGAGGGGUCCACGUCUGCCUUUAACCCUGACAACCCCUACCAUCAGCGUGGUCAGGAGGGAGAGGCCGGCUCGAUGCUCUUCGAUCCCAUGCUGGACCAUAAUGGCAUCUGCUGCACGGAGUGCCAACGGAGCCACACUCACUGUGAGAGGAUAUGCGAGCCUCUGGGUGGAUACUGGCCAUGGCCCUACAACUACCAUGGCUGCCGAGUGGCCUGCCGGGUCAUCUUGCCCUGUCGUUGGUGGGUCGCUCGCAUCAUGGGUAUUGUCUGAAAUGGCCCGUCACCUCAAGCUCUCAGCUAAAACAAAGACACACAGUUAAGCUGUUGACAUAUUCAUACAAUUUUGUAAUGGUGCUAUUUAUUUUUGUUAAUUUGUAUGUGGUUGUAUAUAACUUUGUAGAGCUUGUAUCCAUCAGAGGCACUGUGAAAUUGCAGAAACAUCAGGCUUUUGUUGAGAGUAGAUUAUAAUUACACUAUAUCUGGUGCUGAUAAGCCAUACCCCUAGUACUGUACCCUUUUAAGAAAAGACAAGACUGUCAAAAAAGCACAAACAUGGAAUUGCUUUUUGUUGCUUGUGACUCCGUAAUAAACCUUGACGAGAUAUGA